ACAACCAUAUAGUGUGAUAUUGAUUCGAAACGCCGAGAUUACUUUAGCGGCGAUUUUUCAUAUAACAUCAAACCACCGUAACGAAUUAGUGAUAACGGACAUUUGCAAAUGACAGCCGCAAAAAGGGGAAAAAUAUAAAUGAAACGCACUCAUUCAUAAACUGAUUUGAUCGUGAGAAAUGUGGGUAUGGAGAACCACAAGUGUUAUUAUAAUCGCAAUGUUAGUGGUCGUAUCCGCGAUCGGUGAAAAGGCAUCGAGGGCUUGUAAGAGCUACGGUCAAUCUAUGCUCGAAUGUCGCAACGUGCUCCAGCCGACGUCUAAAGUGAGGGUGCCAAUUGAUUUACUUCUCUAUCCUCAUAUGGUUUUGAUCGGAUUUCGUAUGAAAGCCAACGAUCCUCCAGCUUGGAAAUGUGGUGGUUCUUUAAUCAGCGAAGAAUGGGUACUGACUGCAGCGCAUUGUAUCGAAGAUCCCUUGGAAGGGCCGGCUAGCGUUUUACGCAUAGGAACAGCAACAUUUGAAUUUGAUGAAGUCGAGGGGCUCGCCCAAGAAAGAGACGUCGCUCAAGUGGUACCACAUCCCAAGUAUAAACCACCGUCCAAAUAUCACGAUAUCGCAUUAAUAAGAAGUCAAACUAAAUUCAUUCUAAGCAGGGAUAUCAGAAUUGCCUGUUUAAAUUUAGAUCACGACAUUAGAAAUGUCAAAUUGACAGCUAUAGGAUUCGGUACCACAGCUUCAGGUCUAUCACAUGGGAGUCAAACGCUGAUGAAAGUGGACGUUGAUGUCAUAGAUAGUAAAAUUUGCAAUCGUUCUAUGAAAUUUUUGGUAAAGAGAAAGAUUUUGGAAUACGGUAUAACUGACUCUCAACUCUGCGCCGGGGACUAUGAACAUGGUGGCAAGGAUACAUGCCAGGGUGAUUCCGGAGGACCCUUACAGGUUAUGGAUGAAAGGGUGGAUUGCGUGAAAACUUUUCCUUUGCAUAAAAUAGUGGGCAUUACUUCGUUUGGCAGGGACUGUGGUAGGAAGAUGUCUCCGGGGGUGUACACGAGGACCUCUAAAUAUAUAGACUGGAUAGAAAACGUUGUCUGGCCGGAUGAUGUUAAAACAAGCGAAGCUACUAUGAAAAACGUCAGGGUUGAAACCACAAGGGAUGAUACAGAAUGAAAAAAAUACAAGGAAAUGUUACAUUAGGGACCUGGCGAGAACUGAAUUGAGACUGUUCAUAGAGAAAUAUCGUUUGAGAACGCUCUUGUUAUUCCUUGGACAUUUUUUAUGUACGUAAAAAAUAUGCCAUACAUAUAUCGUAUUACUUACUUAAAUAAACAUAUAUUCUAUUGAAGAAUUAAUUAUUUUUUGUACAGGAAAAGAAAUAUAAAAUACUUUUAUAAUUCAAAUUAACUUCCUUAAUGACAGUGAAAUAUUAUUCAUAAAAAGUGGGGCAAUUCGCUGAUGUAACGGUGAAAAAUAGACAAUUAAAGUUAGCCGAAGUUUGGAAGUCAUCUUAUUACAAGAAACACAAUUUAUAACUUACACAG